UCAUCAGUGGGGGCUUGACUUUCUUUUCUCCCCUCUUAAAAUAUGCAUCUUGGAUCCGGCUUUAAUUCUUUCUUACUUUGUAUCCCAGCCUACCUUGAAAAAUAGCCUACGUCGCGGCUCCGGUUUUAAUUUUUCUGCGCCUUCAGCCCUUUGCGCGCCAAACUUGCCAACCCCGAGGAUGCGGUAGCCGGCCCCCACUCAGCAUCGUUGCUCCUCCAGGGUUUGGUGUUUGAUUUUCGCAGCUGCUCAGACGAUUGGUUCGGUAACUUUGGGAUUGCCUUGUCUUUUUCGGGUGUCUUGGAUUGCCUUGCAGCACGGAGAAAAGAAGCGGAGGAUUCUACGCGGAGGAGCGACACAGAAAGGCGAAAGGAGGGGGAGAGGGAAACACAGGAGAAGCCUCCAUGUUUCAGCUGCCCAUCUUGAAUUUCAGUCCCCAGCAGGUCGCCGGGGUCUGCGAGACUCUGGAGGAGAGCGGGGACGUCGAGCGCCUCGGCCGCUUCCUCUGGUCGCUGCCCGUCGCACCAGCGGCCUGCGAGGUCCUCAACAAGAACGAGUCGGUGCUGAGAGCCCGGGCCGUCGUCGCCUUCCACACGGGAAAUUUCCGUGAGCUCUUCCACAUCCUGGAGAACCACAAGUUCACCAAAGAGUCGCACACGAAGCUGCAGGCGCUGUGGCUCGAAGCGCACUACCAGGAGGCGGAGAAGCUGCGGGGACGCCCGCUGGGGCCGGUGGACAAAUACAGGGUGCGUAAGAAGUUCCCCCUACCCAGAACCAUCUGGGAUGGAGAGCAGAAAACCCACUGCUUCAAGGAGAGAACCCGGCACUUGUUAAGAGAAUGGUAUUUGCAGGAUCCCUACCCGAACCCCAGUAAAAAGAGGGAGCUUGCACAAGCUACUGGACUUACCCCCACACAAGUAGGAAACUGGUUCAAAAAUCGCAGACAAAGAGACAGAGCAGCAGCUGCGAAGAACAGGCUUCAGCAGCAGGUCCUGUCCGGGGGCUCGGUUCGCUCCCUGGCGGACGAGGACGGCACCGUUGACCGCCUGGGGAGCUCGUCCAGCCCGGAGGCCAGUCUGUCCAGCAAAGCAGCCGCCUCGGCCAUCUCCAUCACCUCCAGCGACAGUGAAUGUGACAUCUGACGGGCACGUCCAGGGUGUUGAUGAGUUAGCGGAGGAUACGAGACAAGUGAAAGACAAUCUAAUAAAACAAGUUAUAGUGCCUGCGUUGAGUUAAACACACACACACACACGCACACACACGCACGCACACACACACAAGAACUGAUAUUUCACGACUGCCAAAACACGAGGGGACGUGCGGGGGACUGCCCGUCCUUGUCCUUUUAGGCCUAUACCUUUCUUUGCGUUUAACCCACAUGGAUAACUGAACUUAAUACGGACGACUCAUAUUACCCGGACUAAUAAACCAACGCCGAGGUGAAGCAUAAAAAAGAAGAAGAAGAAAAAAGGAGGGAAAAGGAUGAAGGCACCUGAGCGCCUAACCUGCUGUUCUCUGUGGGUAUUUCAUGUUGAAAAAGAACUGUGAUAUUUUUACUUUACUUUCAAAGUUUUAUAAAUAAUGUUUAUUUGCCUAUUUAAAACGAUCUGCUCUGUCUCUUCGAAUUUCAUAUUCAUUUGCUUGGUGUUUUUAAUACUUACCUUGUACACAGGUGGACCUGUUGAGCAUGCGCGCUUUAGUGAAAAUGUGUUUCAAUAAAAGAAAAACAGUAAAGAUAACUUAAUAAAAAAUAAUUGUUCAUCAAGAUAGAAUAAAGUUUAGUCUUAUUUUUUUGAUUGUCCUGUGGAAAAAAAAGAUACAAAGUGAUUAAUAAAAUUGAAAAACAUAAAUAUUAGUAGGCUACUGUUAUAUAAAAUCCUCUUGGCUGUUUUCAUAGAGAGGGAACCUUUCGUGAUUAUAACACCACAGUGCCAUAUUUCCUGACAGGGUUUAGAGCCAGGCCUAAUUGGCCAGCACGCUGUGCGUCCUGUAAUGCGGGGUGACAGCGAGAGGUCACCGAGGGGCCGGCUCACUAACCCGGAUGAUCUGCGAGACAGAACGUAGACAUCAAACCACAGCACAUUGUGGAAACGGCCUUCUUAAAACGUCCAAGUGUCCAUGUUCCCAAAACACCCAGGCUUUAAUUUAGUAAUCAGGCCGAAAGGACUACGGCCACAUUUGUUAUGGACAAAUUAACAGAGCUAUUCUGUUUGGUUUGUAUAGCCUAUAGCAUUAAAGUACACAUAUAGUAUUAUCUUCAAACUAUGAACAAAAUGGCAUUUUGGUAGAUUUUUAAUUUUAUUUAAAUACAGGUUUGUUGAUACUUUACCAAAAAUUAACACAAAAUUCACGAAAUAAUUUUUCCUCUAGUGGUGUAAAGCUAAUAUAGAGAAAUAAUAAUAAUAAUUUGUAAUAGGCUGUUUUUGACUGAUGCUUUCGCUACAAUAUGGCUGCACCACUCUUCAAAACUUAAACCUGUGACUGUGAUAUUUUCUUCCAGAGUUAAAACAAUGUUUGUUAAAUAUAUACCGAUCAAAACAUUAAAGGAACACUCGAUCAUCACAGUAUAACACCAAGUCAGUUAAACUUAAGAGAUGUCAAUUUGUCCAUCUGGGAAGCACAAAUGAUUGUGAAUCAGUUUCACUUGCUUUGGUGCAAAUGAAGGUGACAACAGGUGUAAUGGAGAGGCAAAAGCAAAGGGACUGGGUUUGUUUGUGGUGACCCCAGACAAAUGUACUCUUCUUACCCUUCUUGACCGAUUCUUCUCAAGUUUUGUGUUUAGUGUCCUUGUCACUACUGGUCGCAUGAGGCAGUAUCUGCAGCCCAAUCAGGCUGCACAGGUAAUCUAGUUACUCCAAGAUGGCAAAACCAUAGGUGCAGUCGCAACAAGGUUUGUUGUGUCUCCCAGCACUGUCUCAAGAGCAUGGAGGAAAUACCAGGAGACCUGCCGUUGCAACAGGAGAGCUGGACAGGGUCUUAGAAGGGCAACAACCGAGCAACCAACCAGUAUUUGCUCUGUGCAAAGAGGAACAAGAGGAGCAUUGUAAGAGCCCUACAAAAUGACCUCCAGCAGCUACUGGUGUACAUGCUUCUGACCACACUCUUAGAAACAGACUCCAUCAGAGUGGCAUGAGGGCCUGACGUCCUCUAGUACACUAACGUUACCUUGGAUCCUCAGAACAAUUGUCAGACCUUACGAUGGCACAGUGGGCUUUGGGUUUCUCCUGGUGCAGGACAGUGCCCGGUCUCAUGUGGCCAGAGUGUGUAGGCAUUUGCUAGAUGACAAAGGCAUUGAUGCCAUUGACUGACCCUCAUGUUCCGCUGACCUAUAUCCAGUUGUGCACCUAUGGGACGUUGCGUACCGGUGCAUCCGACUCCACCAAGUACCACCACAGACAGUCCAGGAGCUCACUGAUUCCCUGAUCCAGGUCUGGGAGAAAAUCCCCCAGGACACCAUUCACCUCAUCAGGAACAUGCCUAGAAGUUAUCGGGAGUGCAUAAGGUACGCGGCGGCCAUACACCCUUCAGAGUCACAUUAUGAGUUGCUGAGAUGAAACUCAAGCAACUUGAAUGAGCCUGUGGUUCAGUGUUUCACUUUGAUUUAAAUACAGCCUUCCACGGGUGUAUGAUUUUGGUUUCCAUUGAUCGUUGUUAUGUCAUUUUG